AUGUCCAACCUCCUGGGUGCCCUGACGACAACAUUCACGCCGCCUUCAGAUUGCGCCGCCAAUGACUACUCGCCCAGUGUAAAACACUACUACAGCCCUGGGAUAUGCCCCUCGGGCUACAUAGCUGCUUGCACCAGCCUCAACUCCGUGGCUACGUUGACCGAGACUGUACAAUACAACUUUGACUGCGCGCCGAACUCCCUCGCCUGGCAGAGCACCCAAGCCUAUGGUGUUAACAUGGAUAACGGCCUCUACGCCUUCCCGAGCAUCAACCCCAUCAAUACCGACGGGCAGAUGCACAUCGUCUCUACUGCUAGGACUUCGGUGGGGAUCGGCGCCACCGGCAGGACAGGCAAGGCAACUCCCAGUAUGGCCUUGAUGAGUCAAUUGCUAAGACUCAUGGCGCUAGGUCACGCCAUCUCAAAACUCAGCCAUAUCAGCGACAACUUCCCAGACUUCGACAACCAGCACCGCCGUACCCUCAUAUGA